CUGAUGCAAUUCAAAGCGGACAUCAACGCGGUGAAUGAGCAUGGGAACACACCUCUGCACUACGCCUGCUUCUGGGGACAUGACCAGGUGGCCGAGGACCUGGUGGGCAGUGGGGCCUUGGUCAGCAUUGCCAACAAGUAUGGCGAGACGCCUAUCGACAAGGCCAAGACACCGCUGCGAGAGGUCUUGAAAGAGCGCGCUGAGAAGCUGGGCCAGAGCCUCACCAAGAUCCCCUACAAGGACACCUUCUGGAAGGGCACGACCCGCACGCGGCCCCGGAACGGGACCCUCAACAAACUCGCUGGAAUAGACUUCAAACAGCUGAGCCUGAGCCAGAAGCUCAAUGAGAACCAGUCGGGAGAGCUCUGGAAGGGCCGCUGGCAGGGCAAUGACAUCGUCAUCAAAAUGCUGAAAAUCCGGGACUGGACCACGCGGAAGAGCCGAGACUUCAAUGAGGAGUACCCGAAGCUGCGGAUCUUCUCUCACCCCAACGUGCUGCCAGUUCUGGGCGCCUGCCAGUCUCCCCCAGCGCCACACCCCAUCGUAGUCAGCCAUUGGAUGCCC